AUGGCUAGUGAGCCGAACGUCACGCGCAAGGCAGAGACUGAGCCGGUGGCCCGUGAGGCGGAGUGUGGGCCUGCGGACGACCUGGCACUGAUCGAGGCUCAGGUCGAGCCCCCCCGCGCGUGCACGGGACCCAACAUCUCGCGCAAUCUGAUGGCGAUGAAAAAGACAGAGCUCGUGGAUAUGGCCAAGAAGCUCGGGGUCAGCUCCAGGGGGACCAAGGCCCAGAUUGUGGUCCGGAUUGCGGGAGCGGGCGAGGUUGUCCCGGACAUGAUGCCGCCUGCCAAGCCGCUCCAGGCCGAGCUGGCGCCGCAUGUGAUCAACUUUGCGCCUUUCCGCUCGUUUGCUGCGGUGCAUGCCGAGGUGGCGCAGCAAAGCACCAAAGCGAUCAGGGCAUGGCUGAAGGAGGCUGGCGUGCCGGGGCGGAGCAAGAUGUCAGCCGCCGAGGCCCGCCGAUGCUGUGCGUGGAUACAGUAUCGAUCGAGCUGGCCGUCGAUGCUCAUCGAGCUUCCGGACGAGCUGCUUCUUUUGAUUCUGCACUACCUAGAGGUGCCGAACCUGGUCAACAUUCUCAUGACAUGCCGGCGGCUGUACGCCAUCGGGCGCGACAACCUACUGUGGCGGGCACACGCCGACGCGGUGUUCGAGACCCUCUCCUCCAACACCUUGGUCUCAUCUCUCGACUGUCGCACACCUGGCGUUGUCUAUCAGGCCAUUCUCGACGCCGCUGCCCGGCGAUGCCCUGUCUGCCUCUGCGCGGUCGGCAAGGUGCGCGGCGCCGACUGGGGCCCCGACCCGAUCUGCAACGACUGCAUCAUGUUCUAUGUCAACUCGUCGGCUGGUCGCCGGGAUAAGAUUUCUUACUCACGUGCCACUAUCCAGCUCGGCCUUCGUUCGGCCGAUUUGGUCGGCAUCGCGGCCGAGAGGCGCGUCAACAGCUUUGGGAUGCCUAUCAGGCUCUUCGACGGCAAGGAGAUCAUCAAAGCAGUGACAGCCAAGUACGGCUCGGUGGCGGCCGGAAUCCAGGCCGCCAAUCCGCGUCGCGCUUCCAGCAUAUCUCUGCCCCGCAAGCGCAGGCGGACCGCCAUGAAAAUCCUGCGCAACUAUUGCUUGCCCAGGCUUCCGCUCUGGGCAUUCGACGACCGCUUCUCGCCCGGCCCGCUUGCGAUCGCUGGCGAUCCCUCCCCGCCGCCGCCGCCGCCCAACCCCUUGGAGAUCGUGCUGAACAAUCCCAAGACUGCUGUCGUGCUGCCAUCGGUUCGCGGCAAGGUCGAGGCCUAUGUGGCGGGCAGCCUUCCGCGGGGACAGUUUAGCCGCGCCGUCAAGGACAUCACCUCCAGCUACAUCCUCCCCAUCUUGACGAGGGGCAUCCGAGCUGUGCUCGCCGCACCGCCGCACAGUCUGUCCGAGGCAGGCAUCGACGAGCUCCUUGCCAACCCAACAUUGGCUCGCAACUUGUUUGCCGCUGCUGAGGAGCUCAUCCGCAGGAAGGAGAGGAUGGCGCCAAGUAAAUAA